GGGGUCCGGAUCAGUUUUUACCUAUCCCUCUUCUUUCUUGAUGGUUUGAUGUUCCAUCUCUUCCGAGCUGCGACGAAUUCAUUAUCGGCGGGCUUGCCUCCAUCGUCACUCAUUGUAAUUCCCUGGAUGGUUAAAUCUAAUCACAGUCUGUCAUUAUACAGAGCUCUGUAACUCUGUUUUCUGAUUACAACGCUUGUUGUCGUGAUUAACAU